AUGGAGGGAGAUGGUCAGACCUCAGAGAGAGAUGGCCAGACCCUGGAGGAGGACGUCCAGGUGUGCCAAUACUGCAAAAGAAAUGUGGCCUCUGCCCACUUCACCCUCCAUGAGGUCCACUGCAUGCGGUUCCUAGUCAUCUGCCAAGAGUGUGAAGAGCCAGUCCCCAAAAAGGAGAUGGAGGAGCACUUGGAGGACAAGCACAAGGAGGUUGAGUGUACUAUGUGUCAUCAGAACGUGCAGAAGUAUUUACUGGAUGCUCAUGAGACCAAGGACUGUCAGAUGCGCCAGGUCAACUGUAAGUUCUGUGAGCUGACCAUGGGGCUCAGUAAGCUGGUGAAUCACGAGUACCAAUGUGGUAGCCGGACAGAGCGCUGUCCACACUGCAACCAGCUCAUCCUGCUUCGCAAGCUGGCCCACCACAAAGACAACUGUCAGGGGAAACAGACCCAUCCCAGGAAAGGGAAGAGAAUGCCAACUGUUGUGAAGAAAAUCAAGUGUAAUGCUUGCGACCAAGCAAUCCCUAUCAAGGAGUUUGUCCACCAUAUACCAAGAAAUGUUCCAUCUUCCCGUCCAAGCCAGUCUGCUACCUAUCAAACUUCCACUGUAGAGAAUGAUGUCCGUCCAAAGAUUAAAAAGCUAUACAGAUCUCCUUUCCUUUUUGAAAAUUCAGCGAGACAAACACCAAGAGGCAAAAAGAAGCCCAUGGAUCUACCUUUGAAGUCAGAGUUCAAGACCAGGGCCACUUCUCCUACAAGAGAUGAAGCAGCCUACAAUGUCCUGAAGAAGUGUUCUUGGUGUGAUAUUCUACUACCUCUGCCCACCUUGAGUCGACACCAGGAGAAAUGCCAGUGGUUAGUAUCAUCAAAAAGAAAAUACAUGAGAUAUUCCAGCUAG